AUUAUAUUUAUGUUUUUCAAAUGUUGGCGCCGUUCGUUUGUAGUCGGUGUAAUAUUUUUCAUGUUUUUGAGGUUAUGUUCCGUGAAGUCUGAAGACGACAAUCAAAGCAGUGGGACGACUAUUUGAAAACGACCACAAAUCACAAUCUUCUAUCUCCAUUCUCCAUUUACCAUAAUAUUAACUAUUAUUUCUUUGGUCACCGCUUCUCAUAGAGUUAUUGUGUUAGGCUGACGAGUAUAUAUAUUUUUAAGUUCAAAUCUAGACUCUAGUCCGGUUUUAUGGUUGCGUGCGCUACAGACAUGUCGGCCCAAUGCGAAAAAGUGAAUUCUACCUGCCCAGCUUACGAGUAUGGUCCCAAGUUGAAGCUGCUCCGGUCCAACGACCAGGUCCGUGAGCUGCAGACCAUACUUAGGGACAAAAACACUAGCCGAACAGAUUUCAAAUUCUAUGCCGAUCGGCUAAUACGGCUGGUGAUCGAAGAGAGCUUAAAUCAGUUGCCGUUUGGUAGUUGUGUGGUGAUGACUCCGACCGGCAACUACUACAAAGGCACCAAGUACCAGCGAGGCAACUGUGGCGUUAGUAUCGUCCGUAGCGGUGAAGCAAUGGAACAAGGAUUGCGAGAUUGUUGUCGUUCAAUAAGAAUUGGUAAAAUAUUGGUUGAAUCCGAUUCAGAUACCCACGAGGCACGUGUAGUGUAUGCUAAAUUUCCUCAUGAUAUAGCUGAUAGAAAAGUAUUGUUGAUGUACCCAAUAAUGAGUACAGGUAAUACAGUUGUGAAAGCGGUGAAUGUAUUAAAAGAACACCGCGUGUCUGAAGAAAAUAUUAUUUUAUCCAAUUUAUUUACCACUCCAAUUGCUGCUCAAACUAUCACUACAGCAUUCCCUUUAAUGACCAUAUUAACAUCAGAGUUGUACCAUAUAGCACCCAACCACUUUGGACAAAAAUACUUUGGUACUGACUAGUUGCAUUUAUGGAUCAUUUUAAAACGUAUGCACAAACAUUACAUUUGCAAAUUUUAGGUGUCUUUUUAUUUUUAUAACUCUUCAAAGACCAAUUAAAGUAUUAUUCAAACAUUAUUUCAUCUGUCAAUUGUUAUAUGAAUCGGAAAUCAUGUUAUGUGUGGUUUGUUUACAAAAAUGUAUUGUAUUUGUUAUAACUUUAGUAGUUGAUAACCUUUUAGUAUAAAGAAUUUUUGUAUUGUGACUGAACGAUUUAAUUACAGAGAAAUUUCAUUACAAAA